CACAUCAUCAGUUAGAAAAGGUUGAUAAAACUCAUAGUAUACAUGCAGUGUGAACGUUCGACAUUUGUCACUUGUUUAAUUUACCUCACUAAUUCUUAUAAUAGAUGAUCUAUAUAGUUUGACUUAAAAUUAUUAACAUCAACAAUGCAAGAAGUUAAACAAAAAGUAUCAUUUAAAAUCACUUUGACAUCAGAUCCAAAAUUACCUUUCAAAAUUUUAAGAGUACCCGAAGAAGCACCAUUUACGGCAGUCGUAAAAUAUGCAGCGGAAGAAUUUAAAGUACCCGCUGAAACAUCUGCAAUUAUUACCGAUGACGGUAUUGGUAUAAAUCCACAGCAAACCGCUGGAAAUGUUUUCCUCAAGCAUGGAACAGAUCUUAGACUUAUUCCAAGAGAUAGAGUAGGAACAAUUAUUACCUUUUAAUAAUUUUAUUAUUGUAUGUAUAAUUUUUUUUAAUUACAAAAAAUUUAACCAUAAUAACAUUUUUUAUUAAAUACUUAUAUUCAAAGUACAUUGUACAUAAUAAAAACAAAAUUUGUUUAGGAAAUACAAAGUUGUUAUGAAAUUCUUAAAAGAUGUCCUGAUGUUGUAUUGAUCCUAAAAAUAAAAGAAAUUAUAAAACAGAA